AUGGUUUACACCGGAAAGCCGAGCAGGGGAUGUGGCAUGUGUAAGAGCCGCAGAAUCAAGUGCGACGAGAAGCGACCAACAUGUGGCAAUUGCAAGAAGUCGGCUCGAACAUGUCCCGGUUAUCCCGACGACUUCGAUCUGGUCUUUCGAGAUGAAAACAAAGCUAUGGCCAAGAAGGCAAGGAAAUCCUCUGGAACGACAGCAUCAAGCAACAGCACCGGCGCGUCAAGUUCCAACCCUUCUCCGCAUCUGUCACCUUCUUCGACAUUUGAUGUAUCGCCAGGAGAAAACGGAGUACCAGGAGAGAAGGCCUUCCAGAUAAUAACAUCACGAUCACAUUCUCCAUCAGACUUAAGCCAAUCACAACAGAUACUGGCUUUACCCAAUUACACAACACCACCAUUACCUCUUAAUCAGGCGUUUGAUUUCGAAGCGUUCGUGUGGAAUCUCGAAAAUGCAGUGCCCCCCACUAUCUCACUUGCGCCAGAAGCCGAAGCCGUACCCUUCUUCUUUAAGAACUUCAUUACCCUACCACAACAAGCAGAAAGCACCAGAGGCUACCUAGAGUAUCUCGUGCCUCUCUACAAUCGUGCUCGCCCAUCCUCCGUUCUUCACCUAGCCACUACUGCUGUCGCAAUGGCAACAUGCGGCCAGUAUCCUGGCCGACAAGAGCUACUCCGGGAAGCAGUAUCUACCUAUGGCAAAGCUAUCAAGAAACUGAAUGACGAUCUGAAAGAUCCAGUGAUGGCGAAGAGCGAUGAAAGUGUGCUUGCCAUUCUUAUGUUUUCACUGUAUGAGACAAUAAUGAGCACAGACGAUACUAUCACAGCGUGGGGAAACCAUGUUGACGGUGCUGUCGCGUUGACAAAGUUAAGAGGCAUGGAUCAGUUCAAUGACCCAAUCUCUCAUGCCAUGUUCCGCGCUGUACGGACGAUGAUGAUCACAAGCUGCGUUCAACGCUCGAAGCCUAUCGACUCGUUCCCUGGCGCGGGAGGCUGGGUUGGUAACGGCGACAUAUCAGAGGAAAAUGCUGCCAACCGCCUGACACUCAUCUGUAUCGACCUUCCAAACCUCCGUGCCCGCGCAAACACCCUCACCACCACGCCAUAUAACCCGGCCUAUGAAUCAGAAGCGAAGCAAAUUCUUGAGUUCGCACAAAUGGUCGACGACAACCUCGAAGAGUGGUACCGUACACUACCCCCCGAAUGGAAACAUCGUAUCAUUGGUGUCGUUAGCGAAAGACUUGCCCCUGAGGAUAUUGCGCUGGCGGAAAAAUGGCCAGGAGAACAGCAUGUAUAUCAUGACGUACCAUUGGCGAGUAUAAUGAACGACUACCGUGUAUGCCGGAUAUUCUGUCGGAGAGUAAUCAUGGCAUGUGUGACAUGGUUGAGUUUCAGUGGUAACUAUGCAGAUGGCGACGAGGCAUGGAAUAAGAGUGUGUUUGUCAUCCAGAUGAUGGUGGAUGAGAUCAGUGCGUGUGUACCGUUCCAUAUGAGCUACGAACUACAACCAAUGGCCAAGGAGAUGGGCCAGGAGCAGAAUGCUGCGGAGGCCUACGGAGGGUACUCAUUAGUGUGGCCGCUGUACGUUGCAGCAAACGCUGAGACGGUACCGCAACAACAGCGUGACUGGUUGCUAGGUCGACUAUCAGUCAUUGGCACCAAGUUUGGGCUGAGUAGUGCUCAGGUGCUGCACUACACCAGCCUCACUCACUACGUCACCACCACCACAACCAUGGGCGCAACAAACCUCAUUCCACUUGUGAUCCUCUUUGCGGUCGUUGGAGGCUUGGGAUGGGUGGGCUACCAGAUCUUCCUCUACUCUAACGAGCUCGCUGAACGCGGCGUCAAGAAGAUGGAAAAGAAGAACGUUGUCUUCACCAAAGACGGCGCAAAGGUCGGAGUUAAGGAAGUCAGCAACGAGACGUAUACGGAUAAGACACAACGCGCUUUUGUCAAGACGUGGAAUGCCGCGCAUGACGGGAAGAGCUUGGGAGGCAACGGAGAGAAAACAGAGCGACAGAGCGAAGAGCAAAGAGAUGGGAUUGACACAUUCUACUUUAAGUUGUGGCCGUUCUUUCCCCUAGCCAUGACGUUCUUAGCGAGUAUAUUGCCCGCAGACUCUGAGCUUUUCAGCUUCAAAGGCGCUAUCUUUUGGUUUGCAGUGUUUUCAGCAUUGACCAUCAUCUAUGCUGUUUAUUCAGUUAUAUACAAUGUUUUCUUCCACCCUCUGAGGCAUAUCCCCGGUCCAUUCUUCGCACGCGCAUGCGGUAUUCCCUGUGCUCUACAUAUGCUUGACGGAAGUUCGGUCAAAUGGGUAAAAGAGUGCCACGAUAAGUACGGCGAUGCGGUUCGUGUGACGCCAAGUGAAGUUAGCUUCAUCUCAGGAGAAACUGCUUGGCAAAGCAUCUACGGCUUCCGUGUAGGCAAGAGCAAGAACACUGGAUAUUACCUCAAGGACAGGAAUUGGUACUUAGCACCUACCAACGGCGCUGAUUCAAUCAUCAUAGCAGAUGAAGCAGGACACACGCGAAUGCGACGUAACCUUGCACAUGCUUUCAGCGACAAAGCCCUACGAGGACAAGAGAGUCUUAUUCAGUCUUAUGUCGAUCUUCUCGUUCAGCGUAUGGACGAACACGCCGCUCAAGGCAAAGACAUGGAUAUAAUGACCUGGUACAACUUUACAACUUUUGAUAUUAUAUCCGAUCUCACCUUCGGCGAACCGCUCUACUGCCUGCGCGAUUCCAUCAAACACAGCUGGGUUUCUAUUACUUUCAAGUCCAUAUCGGCCGUUGGUUUGAACGCUGCUCGGAACAAACAUUUCGUCUUUAGGUGGGCCAACUCCCUGCGCGAGAUUUUCCAAGACAAAUCAGUCGCUAUGCGCGCACGAAUCGAGUUCUUCCAGCGCGCCCGCGACCAGGUCAGCAAGCGACUAGCGAAGCUUGACAGCGAGAAAAAAGGGGAAAGACCAGACUUUUUCACCCACAUAGUGAACAACCAAGAGAGGGAAGUAACAAGGAUGACCAGAGACGAAAUGGACAGCAAUGCAGUGGUCUUUCUCAUUGCAGGUAGCGAAACUACUGCUACAACAUUGUCGGGCGCUACCCAUUUCCUCCUCCGUAACCCAUCUGCGUAUACUAAACUCGCUGCCGAAAUCCGCUCUCGUUUCUCUUCUCCUGAUGAGAUCACUAUGGAAGAAGUCAACAAUCUCGAAUACCUCAUCGCCGUCUUUCAGGAAACUUUACGACUCUAUCCACCCGUUUCCGCAGGCUUUCCUCGUGUUGUACCAGCGGGUGGCGACAAUAUCUCAGGUCACUAUAUUCCUGGCGGUACUUCGGUAUAUUGUUCCCACCACGCAAUGUAUCAUUCCGAGCGCAAUUUCAAGGACCCAGAGCUCUUCGUUCCGGAACGCUGGUUGGGCGAGGAACGGUACAAGGAUGAUAAGAGGUCGACGCUGAAUCCGUUUAGCUUUGGGCCAAGGAACUGUUUGGGCAAGAAUCUUGCAUACGCGGAAAUGCGUCUCAUCCUCGCUAAGAUAAUCUUCGCUUUCGACCUCGAACUCGUAGAGAAAGAGAGGGAUUGGAUGGGUGAGCAGAAGGUUUUCACGCUCUGGGACAAAAGCGCGUUGAUGGUCAAGAUAAAGCCCGUACAGCAUUAG